AUGUCAAGUUCUAAAGCGGAAAAUUUUAUUUUAUCUAAAGUAAUGGUAUGGAAUUACAAUAAAAGUUUGAAGGUAGGGGUUACUUUCGUAAAGAAAGAGUUACAUAUCAGUAGUAAUGGCAAGUGUUUUUUUCAGGAUUUAAAUAUUGGAGUUAAAGAUGCUAGAAUAUUUGUUGAUGAUAUAUUAACCUGGGAAGGAGUAUUAGAAAAAGGAUGCGGCAAUCAAGUGUUCGAAUACGGUCAAACUAUAAAUUUAGUCACUAACGUAGCUAUGCCAAACCUUAAAAUUAUGGUAGAAAAUGAUGAAUUUCUAGUUAACGAAGACAAUCAACGAAAAAGUCAAAUCUCGGGUGACGUUCUUUCACUAAAGGAUGUGAGGAAAUUAAUCUCGAAGAAAACUGGUGAGACGGACAGUUUAACAGGAGGAAAAUCAAGCGAAAUAGUAUUAAACAAGAGCUACACGGUCAAGGCUGCUAGUCCGGAACAGCCAAGUAAACAUGAAUUAAGUGAAGAUAUGCCCUCAACUGAGCCUACUGUUGUCCUUGGGAGCACUGAGGUGUCAAAACAUACGUCCUUAUGGUAUGAUAAUUUAAGGAGUAGUCGCAAUUCAUUUCAAGAAGAGUCCUCAAUGAAUGAAAUAGAUUCAUUUCAGAACCCAAGUUUAGUUAACAUUACAGUUGAUGAUAAGAGUACUAACAAUAGAAAAUGGGGAAAUUUAACCGAUUUGUAUGCUGUUGCUGAGAAGGACUCUGACGACGGGGACAGCUCGUUGGAAGAUAAUAUGCAAAAAAUGACCAAGCUUUCGAUGAAAAGCGCACCGUUAUCCGUAACUAAAAGUGGCUCCUGUGAUGUUUUUACUCAGCUAGAAGAAUUCGCUGUCUCUCAAGGCGUUGGAGGUACUUCGCGUAGAGGUUCAGCUCCAUCAGCGGGGUCAAUGUAUGACGCUUAUGCAAAAGGAGAAUCAGUAUCCGCUCACGCAUCUUCUGGUGGUCAUCUUGACUUAUCCAGUGCUGGUGUUGAACCUAGUUUACAAUCGGCUAGGGAACAAUGGAAAGAGCAAGAGUCAUCAUUGGAAGAAUCUUGGAGUUCACUGACUUAUUUUAAAAGAACUCAGAAAGGACGCUUAGCAAAUACUAUGGAAUCUGAAGACAUUAAUACUGAAGGCGAUGAUGGCAGAGAAGUUCUAGAGGCUGCUCCUGCAGUAUCUAAUUUUGAGAUACCUACUUUACCAUCUGGACAACAGCUGAUUAUUAAUAUCUUAUCAACUUGGGGCGAUAAGCACUAUGUCGGAUUGAACGGUAUUGAGAUUUUUGCGAGAAAUGGUCAACCACCUUCAAUUUUGGAUAUAUCAGCCGAUCCAGCAGAUAUCAACAUAUUACCUGGUUAUAACAAAGAUCCAAGAGUUGUCAGUAAUUUAAUCGAUGGAGUAUAUAAAACUAGGGAUGACAUGCAUCAAUGGCUAGCGCCUUUUACUCCUGGAAAGAAUCAUUUUAUUACAAUUCUCUUUGAUAAGCGUGAAACGGUUGCCAUAAUUCGAUUAUGGAACUAUAAUAAGUCUCGUAUUCACUCUAAUCGUGGAGCACGUCGAGUUGAAAUAUUCUUAGACGGUUAUAAAAUUUUUGAUGGUGAAAUUGCCAGAGCUAUCGGUGGAGCGUUAGGGGGAACGGCUUCUUUUGGUGAUACCAUUCUUUUUACUACCGAUGAAGACGUAUUGGAAAAUAUCUCCCAAUUUGACCACAGUUUUGAUGGGUUAUCACCUAGAAUCGCAACAGAUUCUGAAGAUGAAGAAAUUGUAUCGCAAAUAGAUGCUAGACCACCAACCGCCGACUUGGGGAUGGAAAGUGUAGAUGAACCACUUACGGUAGGAAUUGACACAGCAACAGUAGGAAAUUCUCCAAGGAUGGAAAGUACUGAAAAUGUUUGUGGAGUACUGCAGUUUAAUUUUGUUGAUACCUGGUCCGAUCCGCAUUACUUGGGCCUAACUGGGCUAAAGAUCCUAGGAGCUGAUGGAAACUCACUAGAACUUAACGUCGACAUGUUAAGUGCUAAUCCUAGAGAUUUAAAUGAUCUUCCAGAAUAUGAUGAUGAUUGUAGGACUAUUGACAAGUUGGUUGAUGGAACAACAAUUACAGUUAGCGAUGAGCAUAUGUGGUUAAUACCCUUUACUCCUGGUCGGAAUCAUAUAUUAACGAUAGCUUUUAGUCAGAAAGUAAAUAUUAUUGGUUUUCGAAUCUGGAAUUACAAUAAAUCAUUAGAAGAUACCAUAAGAGGGGCGAAGAUCGUUCAUGUUAGCUUGGAUGGUGUAGUUGUAUCACCACCGAGUGGAUUUUUAUUAAGAAAAGGACCUGGAAAUAUGCACUACGAUUAUGGUCAAACAAUUAUAUUUGAUGCUUCACCAGGACAUUCUCCUAUAUUUGAUAAGAGUGAAGAUCAGAUUGCACAUCGAAAGUCGAAGCGCAAUAAAUUAAGUCUUAAUCAACUUGUCCCAGAUUAUGAACCACUAAUGAUGCCGUGUGGUUAUAUUACGGCUUAUCCUCAUAGUAUUAAUUCGUUGGAAGGUAUCACAGGUGAUAUUCGAACACCUGAUAAACUUAUUGAUGGAAUCAAUGACACAUACGAUGGCCAUCACUUAUGGUUAGCACCAGUCAUUCCUGAUACAAUAAAUGUUGUGUACAUUGUAUUCGAUCGUCCAGUUACAGUAUCGAUGAUUAAACUCUGGAAUUAUAGCAAGACAUUUAGUAGGGGUGUCAAAGAAUUUGCGGUAUCCGUCGAUGAUUUAUUGGUAUUCCAUGGAAAUCUGGGACAAAUCCCGCAGGGUGCGCGGGGCAUAAUACCUACUGUCGAUGCUCCAGUUCCUCAUUUUACUAUUUUAUUUACGGAUGAUUUUGAGAUUGCGGAACCAGAAAGCCAACGCGUCUUAAGGUCGAGCUUUGGUAGUGAUCAAGAUGUACAACUUAUGAAUGACCAUUUGCAAGUUGAGGAUGGAACUAAAUCCAAAGUAAAGAAAAAAAGUAACGCAGUUGUGGAUCAAAAUCUACGACCUGGAACGAGUGUGCAGGAGGGGCACGAAAGGAAAAGACAUCGAUAG